AUGCUAAGGAUAAUUCUUAUUUAGCACACGCAUGUGAGUAAUUGCAUCAAAUUGAUCACGCCAAUUUUACUUGGAAUUGAUUAAAUUUGUGAUAAUUUCUCCAACUUAUUAGAGGUUUGUACCUUCCUGAUAUUCAGGAAGUUCUUCUCUUGUAUAAUAGACUAUGUUAUUAUUGUUGUUUCCGUAGACCUAUUAAUUCAAUUAUUAAUUAUCUUGAUACUACUAGUUGGUAUUUUAGUUAUUAGGAAAAAAGCUGUUGUCCAUUUUGAUAAGCGUACUGUUAUUAUUUAAAGAAAAGUGUUAAGAUGUAUUAUUAAGAGUGGUAGUAUGUAGGGAUUUUGCAGAUUAUUCUUCUAGUUUAAUGGAACUUAUUUAGUUCUUAGAUGGAUUAUAUAAUUUUGA